GCGUGUGGGCGGAGCUAAGCGCGUAGCUGCUCGGAGUUUGUCAGUUUCCUAAAUAUAAGCGGGCGGACAUCGUCAGUGUCUUUCUGCCGGGGACGCGUAGAGAUAAAGACGGGAUUUGUACAAGCUGCUUUUGAGGGGUGGGCAAAUCGAACCGCAUUGUUCUGGGGAAGUUUCUGUGCUGUUUCUCCACAGUCCUCUUUCCAUCUUCACUCCAGUCCAGCUGCCUCUGGCCAAGCAGGCCGAUGGCGAGCUGAUGCCGGCGUAACAGCAGCUGACGUCGGGACUAUGUGUUAAGGAUUGCCUUUUGAAUUUUUAACCACCUUGAGCCCGCUGGUAUUCCUCUUCGGCUGUUAGUGGAGUUUGUGUCGGCCAUGGGGAGGAAGAAGAUUCAGAUCAGUCGGAUCCUGGAUGAGAGGAACAGACAGGUGACUUUCAUGAAGAGGAAGUUCGGCCUGAUGAAGAAGGCCUACGAGCUGAGCGUUCUCUGCGACUGUGAAAUAGCCCUCAUCAUCUUCAACAGCUCCAACAAGCUGUUCCAGUACGCCAGCACGGACAUGGACAAAGUCCUGCUGAAGUACACCGAGUACAACGAGCCCCACGAGAGCAGAACCAACACCGACAUUUUAGAGGCGCUGCAUAAGAAGGAGCACAGAGGCUGCGACAGCCCAGACAACGAGUCGUCCUACGUCCUCACCCCCAGCACCGAGGAGAAAUACAAAAAGAUCAACGAAGAGUUCGACAACAUGAUGAAAAGUCAUAAAGUAGUAAGCAACAAUUUGUCCACAGGUCAGCCGCAGCAGCAUUUCAUGCAUGCAGCAUCAGGCAGCACCACCUAUUGCCAUGGAGCGGGAGGAGGAGGAGGAGGAGUGACUUCCCAGGCUCUAGCUGCAGCCACAGCAGUGCUGUCUGACAGCGGGAUCCUCUGCUCGCCUCACACACACACCCACAGAAACACAAACUCCUCACAAAGACCUCCCAGCACUGGAAACACAGGUGGCCUGCAGGGCAGCUCAGAUCUGGCUCUGCACAAUGGCUCUGGAGCAGCUGUGAACGGAUUCAUGGGCUCCAGCGGUGGAGGCAUCCUGGGGAAGACCGGACCGACCAAAUCUCCUCCUUCUCUCCCGCACCAGGCCAGCGGCCCAAUCCCCGGCGGCCGCAAAGGCGACCUGCGGGUGGUCAUCCCUCACUGCAAAGGAAUGAUGCUGAGUAACCAGCGGCUGGGCGGUCAGCCUCUCUCCACCCCAGUGGUCUCCGUCGCCACACCCAGCCUGACUCACCAGAGUCUGGGUUACUCCAGCAUCAGCUCAGCCUACAGCAGCGCUGCAGAUUACUCCCUGAACAGCGCCGACAUGACGGACUUCGGCUCGGCCGCGGACCACUCUCUGGUCUCCAUGACGCCCUGGGAGCAGCACCAGCUCAGCUCCUUGGGGUCGGCCAACUCCAACCUCUCCAUCAGCUCUGGCCACAACAUCAGCAUCAAAGCGGAGCCCAUCUCCCCGCCGCGUGACCACCUCCCCCAGCUCGGGUACAUGACCCAUCACCCUGCCCCCCCUCGCCCCGCUCCUGCCCCUCAUCCUGGCUCUCUGUCCUCCCGGGCGGACCUGGGCAGGUCCCCCACCGGCAGCGUCGGCUCGUCCUGCAGCUCCCACGAGGAUGGCAGCGACCGGGAGGAGCAGCAGCAGCAGAAGCGACGGCCGGACCCCCGCCUGCUCCCCGCGGCCCGGUCGGACGGCGCCGAGAGCCCGACUCUGAAACAGAUGAGAAUGGACAGCUGGGUGACGUAGAAAGCCCGGCCUUUACCCGGAAAACGACGUUGGACAUCAAGACAAAACGCAGCAGGGACACUUGCUAUGCAAAUAAUCCAUGCUUUCUGUUGAUUAACUUUUAUCUUCUCUGUUUGUUUCUCCUGCUGUUUUUUUUUUUCUUUUUCUUUUUAAAUCUGGACAAUCUGCAGAAAAUUAGAUCGAUAAAUCCCCGGCUGCGGUGCAAUCACUUGGCUCUUGUCUGACGGCGUCGUGACAAAAGCAUCGUCGUCUGAACCGAGCAACGUCUGAACUUCUCAGGGCGAGAACCAUUUGAAGCAAUACUCCCUCCACGCCCCACAUCUGUAAUCCUUCCUUUAAAAAUAAAAUGUAAAUUACAAAUGACUUAUUUAUAUCGCUGCCAAAGCACCGUACCGUCCACACAGCAACACGUCUCAUCAGUGUCAUCGCCGUCCGGCUCCAUCUGAACCACGUCUUUGUUGUUUUGUACAUAACAUCUCUAUCAUGUAUCACGUGUAUCGUAGCAACACAGUAUUGUCUGUUUUGUCUCAUACUCCCACCAGGUUUUGCAAAAAUAUACCUCUAAAGGUGG